AUGCCUGCCAGGUCCCAGCAGAACCAUAAAACGAAUAAUGCCCGCCACGCGCGUACGACUUCCUGGUCGAGUGGCUAUCACCAUCUAAACACCACCUCCUCCGGCCCCGGCGAACCCUCCGACUCUUCCCUCCCCCAACCAUCUCGACGUCGCCGCGAGUCCAAUCUCUCCCUCGCCAGCGUCGAAGAGGGCCCUUCCUCCCCGGACUCUCCUGAUCACCACGGCCCCGAUGCCCCCGACAUGCUGAGGAACACCUCGAUGGAUCUCGAUCUCGGUGGUCGCAAAAGCCAACAUGUGCGCAGUCGCUCCCAGUCCCACGGCACCCCCCAUAUCCUGGCUCUCCACGAGUCCGAACUAAACGCCGCCAAUACCCUCCCCGUCCCCGUCACGCCGCGCCCUGCCCCGGUGACAUGGAUGUCCCUGCCGCGAAAGGGCCAAUUGGCCCUACUCGGUCUAUGCCGUGUCUUUGAUUUCCUCCAAAUCGCCUCGCUGCAGGCCUACAUGUUCUACCAGCUCAAGUCGUUUGACCCGAAUCUGUCCGACUCGGACGUUGCGACUCAGGCGGGUAUCCUCCAGGGUGCUUUCACUGCGGCCCAGUUCGCGACGGCGAUUCCGUGGGGUCGUGUUGCGGAUGCGGAAUGGGGUGGUCGUCGCUUCGUGCUGCUGGUCGGCUUGGUAGGAACGGCGGUUUCGUGUUUGGGUGUUGCGUUUGCGACCUCUUUUGCGCAGGCUGUGUUCUGGCGCUCGUUUGGUGGUGCUAUUAAUGGUACCGUUGGUAUUAUUCGGACUAUGAUUGCCGAGAAUGUCAAGGAGAAGAAGUAUCAUUCGCGCGCUUUCUUGAUUCUGCCUAUUGGCUUCAAUAUUGCCUCGUUGUUCGGUCCUGUUAUGGGUGGUAUGUUGGCUGACCCGGUCAAGAGUUAUCCCCGUCUGUUCGGGCCUAACUCGUCCUUUGGCGGCGAAAACGGUGUGCAGUGGCUGGAGAAGUACCCUUAUGCGUUGCCCAUGCUGGCCAACUUUUGCUUCCUGUCCUUUUGCGCAGCCCUGGUUGGCUAUGGUUUGGAAGAGACGCUGCUUGCUUGCAAGGGUAAACCUGGUCUGGGUGCCUUCGCUAUGAAGCUCUUCGCUCGCAGCGUGAGAUCCGUCGUUGGAACCUCUUCACCUAUUUACUCGAGACUUCCCUUCCGCGACUACGACGAGGAUGGUCCCCUACUGGGUCGACCCAUGGACCGCUCCGAGAGCUAUGAGCUUGAGGAGAAGGCUUCCAAGCCUGUUCGUGUCAAGCGCAGCCUACCCUUCCGUAGGAUCUGGACGAAGAACGUUCUGUGCACUCUCGGGGCGCAAGCGUUCUUCGAUUUCCAAAUGGGUGCUUUCAACAAUCUGUGGCUCCUCUUCCUUUCGACUCCCCGCUACGACCCCAAUGACCCGGCUAGCCCCGCGCAGAGCCUGCCCUUCGUCUUCACUGGUGGCUUGGGUAUGCUCCCGCAGAGCGUUGGCUUCGCGACCGCUAUCCUCGGCAUAAUCGGAAUGUUCCUCCAAUUCACCAUCUACCCCUCCAUCAACGGCCGUCUGGGCACGGCCAAGAGCUACCAGUACUUCCUCUCCCUCUUCCCGCUUGCAUACGCCCUGGCUCCAUAUAUCUCUCUCGCGCCAUCUUCAAUCCCACCUCCCGGUCAGGCCAACGGGCCUUGGGUCUGGUUCUGGAUCAUCAUCGUUCUGUUCCUGCAGGUUACCGCCCGUACCUUCACCCUCCCCACCUCAAUCAUCCUACUCAACAACUGCUCCCCACACCCGUCAGUCCUCGGCACCAUCCACGGCAUUGGCCAGUCCGUGUCAUCCGCCUUCCGAACCAUCGGUCCCAUCUUCUCGGGCGCUUGGUACGGUUACGGGUUGGAUAUUGGCAUGGUCGGAUUUGCAUGGUGGCUUAUCGCUCUUGUCUCAGUGUUUGGUUGCGUAGCUGCCAUCUUUGUAUACGAGGGCUCUGGCCAUGAGAUCAUGCUUCCAGGCGAGGAAGAUGAGUUUGACCAUGGCCACUAG